AUGGACCCGCAUGAUGGAGAGCCGGCUGAUGAUGAGUUGCCACCACCACCCCCUCUGCCUCCCAACGUGGUGCCCAUCGUAGCAGAAGAUGCUGCUGCUGCUGCUGCCAGUGAGAGUGAACCGCCACCGCCACCGCCACCUCCAAGCAAACCAGCAAAGCCUAGGAGGCACAUAAUGGCCAGGCCUCCCAAUGGGUUGGGAAAGAAGGGCCAGCCCAUCCAGCUGCUUGCCAACCACUACAAAGUCUCUGUCAAGCCUUCAGAGGAGUUCUUCAACCACUACUAUGUUAAUCUCAAGUAUGAGGAUGAUACGCCAGUCGACAGCAAGGGCAUCGGCAGAAAGGUCCUUGAUAAGCUGCAGCACACCUACCGUUCUGAGCUCGCGGACAAGGACUUUGCAUAUGAUGGUGAAAAGAGCCUCUUCACCAUCGGGGCUCUUCCACAGAUCAACAAUGAGUUCAUCGUGGUAUUGGAAGACAUCGGUAGUGGCAAGACUGCUGCCGGGAGUCCUGGAGGUAAUAACAACAACGGUAGUCCUGGAGGUGGUGACCAGAAGAGGGUGAGGAGACCCUACCAGGCCAAGACCUUCAAGGUGGAGCUCAACUUUGCGGCAACAAUUCCAAUGGCUGCAAUUGGGCACGCCAUCAGAGGCCAGGAAUCGGAGCACUCCCUCGAGGCACUUCGAGUGCUUGACAUCAUUCUCAGGCAGCACUCCGCAAAACAGGGCUGCCUUCUAGUUCGCCAGUCGUUCUUCCACAACAACCCUAGCAGUUUCGUCGACUUGGGCGGUGGUGUGAUGGGGUGCCGGGGAUUUCACUCAAGCUUCCGUGGUACACAGAGUGGACUCUCCCUAAACAUUGAUGUUUCAACUACCAUGAUAGUUAAACCUGGUCCUGUCAUUGACUUUCUUCUCGCUAACCAGAAAGUUGACCACCCUGACAAAAUCGACUGGCAGAAGGCCAAGCGCGCUCUCAAGAACUUGAGGAUAAAAACCACUCCUGCAAAUUCAGAGUUCAAGAUUGUUGGGUUGAGCGAGAGAAAUUGCAACGAACAGAUGUUCCCGUUGAGGCGGAGGAAUGGGGACGCCACUGAAACUGUUGAGAUCACUGUCUAUGAUUACUUUGUGAAGAACAGAGGAAUAGAGCUGCGCUAUUCUGGCAAUCUUCCCUGUAUCAAUGCUGGGAGGCCAAAGCGUCCGACAUAUUUCCCCGUGGAGCUUUGCACGCUUGUUCCUCUGCAAAGAUACACGAAGGCUCUGUCAACUAUGCAGAGGACUUCGCUUGUCGAGAAGUCAAGACAGAAGCCUCACGAAAGAAUGUCAACACUUAAUGAUGCACUUAAGCGUAGCAACUAUGAUGCUGACCCCAUGCUGAAGGCAUGUGGCAUUCAAAUUGCGCAAAAUUUCACUCAGAUUGAAGGGAGGGUCCUGCCUGCUCCCAAGCUGAAAGCUGGCAACGGUGAAGAGUUCUUCGCACGCAACGGGCGCUGGAAUAUUGCGAGGAAGAAGCUGAUUAGGACCAGCUCUGUCAAGAGGUGGUCCGUCGUCAACUUCUCUGCACGCUGUGAUCUUCGUGGUCUUGUCCAAGACCUUAAAAGGGUCGCGACUGGAAUGGGACUCGAAUAUGAGGACCCUCACACUGUAAUUGAAGAGAGCCCGUCACUGAGACGAGCUCCGGUGGCACGAAGAGUGGAGGAGAUGUUUGCCCAGAUAAAGGCCAAGCUACCUGGAGCACCCUUGUUUCUUUUGUGCCUCCUCCCUGAGAGGAAGAACUGCGAAGUUUACGGUCCUUGGAAGAAGAAGUGUCUUGCUGAUUUCGGCAUAGUCACCCAAUGUCUAGCUCCGCAAAGAGUCAAUGACCAGUACUUGAGUAAUCUGCUACUCAAGAUAAAUGCUAAGCUCGGUGGACUCAACACACUGCUUCAAAUUGAAGCAGCCCGUGCAAUACCCAUUGUGGGGAAGGUGCCUACUAUCAUCCUGGGCAUGGAUGUCUCGCAUGGUCAACCUGGCCAAUCCGACAGGCCUUCCAUUGCUGCGGUGGUGAGUUCUCGUGAGUGGCCUCUCAUCUCUAAAUACAGAGCAACAGUGCACACUCAGUCACCCAAACAGGAGAUGAUGGCUUCCCUGUUUAAACCACGGGGAACUGAAGAUGAUGGCCUCAUUCGGGAAUCUCUUAUUGACUUCUACACUAGCUCUGGGAAGCGAAAGCCAGACCAAGUUAUUAUUUUCAGGGAUGGAGUUAGCGAAAGCCAGUUUACUCAGGUGAUAAACAUUGAGCUUGAGCAGAUCAUUGAGGCAUGCAAGUGCCUUGACGACAAGUGGGAGCCCAAGUUCACGGUCAUUGUUGCUCAGAAAAACCAUCAUACCAGGUUUUUCCAGACAAACUCGCCAGAAAAUGUUCCUCCUGGCACUGUGGUGGAUAAACAAGUGUGCCAUCCCAAGAACUUUGACUUCUACAUGUGCGCGCAUGCUGGGAUGAUUGGCACGUCGAGGCCAACGCAUUACCAUGUUCUGCAUGAUGAGAUCGGCUUCAGUGGGGAUGAGCUCCAGGAGUUUGUGCACUCGCUCUCCUAUGUGUACCAGAGGAGCACGACGGCGAUAUCAGUAGCUGCUCCGAUAGCGUACGCGCAUCUGGCGGCGGCGCAGGUGGGCACCUUCAUGAAGUUUGAGGACAUGUCGGACACGUCGUCGAGCCAGGGAGGGGGCCACACGUCUGCGGGCAGCGCCCCGGUGCCGGAGCUGCCUCGGCUGCACGAGAAAGUGAGGAGCUCCAUGUUCUUCUGCUGAUCUGAUGCUGCUCUUGAACUUGAUCGAUGCCGCUUUCUGUCAGUGGAGGUUGAACCGUGCGUCUGUAUAAAUAAAACCUAGUACCUAGAUGGCACCUGGAACUUUAGCUGUUAUCCAGGGUGCCCGUAAGUCGGUCCGUUGUGUCGGGUGCCGCUGGGAACGUUCCCAUGGAUGUUACCGUUUGUGGUGUUGGCGUUGUUGAACCAACCAACCUGAACCUAGCUUAACCUUGCUUGGAUUGGAUGAUGUGCUAGCUAGCUAGAGCUAGAGCUAGAGCUAGACCAUGCAUGGCUGAUGGUAUGUAUUGUGGGAUCAUAUGUAUCUAUCUCCAUCCUGACUUGGUGAUAAUUUGCUUGCAGUUGUGAAUUUGGUAUCCUGAUGAGUAGGGUAUGGUAUGGUGUUGA